AUGGGGAAGAAGAAAUUCAUCGACAAAAAGACUUCUACAACAUUCCAACUCAUGGCUCGUGACUCAACUGAUCCAGCAUUCGCUCAAUCCGACCGUGUUUUCGUUCGUGUCGACAACAAUCCUCGUCCCGACGACUCUGUCUUUGCCGAUUCCCCCGAUGAUCCUGACGCAGAGUUUGACACCGACGACGGAUUUGUCGAAGGUAGUGGUCCUUUGCCGGACGAUGUGAGGAAGGAGAUUCUGGAAUUAGGGUUUCCGGAUGAUGGUUAUAACUACUUGUUUCAUUUGAGGGAAAUUAAGAAUACUGGCGGUGGUUCAAAUUUCUUUAGUAACCCUAAGUUCAAACUUGAGCAUGUUAGUGAUGUUAAGGCUUAUGAUGCUUCGAGAGUUCGAAUUAAAGAGGCGGCAGAGGAACAGCCCGAAGAAAACACUCUGUACAGUGUUGCAUCCCAUACUGCUAACGUAAGGGUUCAAAAAGCUGUUGAUCCUGAAGUUGCUGCACUGCUCGAUGACAGUGAUGUAUCACGGUUUGGCUCUGAUGUCGAAGAUUUGGAGGAAGACUUUGUUGUCCAGGCUAACCUCUGUGAAGAUGAAGGUGACGAAGAGAAGACACACACAUUUAAUGGAAAGAACUUCCCCGAGGAGUCUAUGCUGAGUAGAAGCUUAAACAAUAAACAUGCAUUGCAAGUUUCUGCUUAUUCCACUCUUGCCGGUGAUUGUGGACCUUUGGAUGGGAGUUCAAAUGGUGCAACAGAUGUGCACUGUGGUCUUGAAAAGCCAAGAGGUCGUCGUCUGUUGGAUGAACAAUUCGAUUUGCUUGAACAUCAAGAAUAUGGAACUGAUGAUAACAGUGACUACGAUGAUUAUUAUGGUGAUUAUGAAGAAAAUUAUCGAGCUGAAGACGAGUCACUUGCUGAGAAGCUCAAACUCUCGCUUGGCAACCAUGUGAUGGAUAACCAAGAACUUGAUGGUGGUGGCAAGUACAGGGUUCCUGCAGAAGGUGAGGAGGAAGAGGAUUCUGCCGCGGAUGUGAUUCGCCGUACCAAAGAAUAUGGUGAGCAGUAUGAAGUUGAAGAUGACGGCAAAGAUGCCGUGAUUUUUGAAGAAAGUAGCGAUGAGUCAGAAGUUUGGGAUUGUGAGACUAUUGUUUCAACAUACACUAAUUUAGAUAACCACCCUGGAAAGAUUGAAACACCGGGAGCAAAUAGGAAAAAGAAAUUGGCUGAAACUGUGACUGCUGCCUUUAGUUCCUCUAGUCCAAUAAUUUACCUAAGAGGAAAAGCAAAGCUUCCUUUAGACUUCUUAUCCGGUGGUAGAAAACCUGCUGCUGAAAAGGUUAAAGACUCGACGAGUGAAAAAACUGAACAGUACAAGAGAAAACAGCAUAGCCUAGAGUCGAAGGAGGAGAAGAAAGAGAGAAAGGCUGUUGUUAAGGAGGAACGGCGUGAAGCACGACGCACUAAAAAAGAAAUGAAAGAGCUUUAUAAGUGUGAAGCUAACCGGGCACAAAGAGCUGCAGCUGUAUCUGGCCCUUCGUCCAUUCAUCUACUGUAA